AUGAACCGCUCUUUUGUGCUGCACGCCGUCAAGGACGUGGCUAUUGAGGAUCGCGCUGCGCCAAAGCUCAAAGAUCCUUGGGAUAUCAUUGUUCAAGUGGCGCAGACUGGUAUCUGUGGCAGCGAUUUCCGGUACGGUCGUCCAAGUAGGCUCUGCCGUGAAAAUCCUCACGCCAGGAGACGAGUCGCCAUCGAGCCAGGUGUACCAUGCAGACAACUAACAAAAAACCAAAGCUGCGACUACUACCGCAGCCUCACCCAAGCGGACUAUUGCUACCCACUCCCCGCGCACAUGAACAUGGAAGAAGGGGCGCUCGUUGAACCCGUCGCAGUCGCAGUGCAAAUCACCAAAGUCGGCGCCAUGAAACCCAAUCAGACCAUUGUCGUCUUUGGCUGCGGACCUAUCGGAUUACUCUGUCAGGCUGUGAGCAAGGCCUACGCGGCGAAGAAAGACUUUGGUGCUGAUGAUGUCUUCGUGCCUCCUAACAAACCUGGGGGUGUGGAUGAUGGUGUCUGGAGUGAAGAGGUGGCUGGAAUCAUGAAGGGGAGGUUUCAUUUGGGUGAGGGGCCUGAUGUCAUUCUUGAGGCUACGGGUGCUCAGGCUUGUAUACAGACUGGGAUAUAUGUGAUGCGGAAGGGUGGGACUUAUGUGCAAGCUGGCAUGGGUGGUGAACAAAGUGUUGAUUUCCCCAUCACGACUGUUUGUACUAGGGAUAUCCAUGUUCGAGGAUCUAUUCUGUACACUGCGGGCUGUUAUCCGACUGCGGUCGAUCUGAUUGCGAGUGGCAAGAUCGAUGUCAAGCGAUUGACCACUAAUAGGUUCAAAUUCAAACAAGGGGAAGAGGCGUUCGAUCUGGUUCGGCAGGGGAAGGAGUGUGAUCAAGGUUAUCAUUGA